AUGGCAGAGGCUGCCAGCCAGCUGAAGGCCAUGUUCCCCGACAUGCCCGACGAGACGCUGCAGCUGGUCCUCGACUCGACAGGUGGUGACGUCCACGCCGCCCUCAACACCCUCCUCGCCAUGCAUGCUGAAGACAUGUCAGGGGAUGAACUCUCUGAUUCUCAUCCAGACGCAUGUGCUGCCUCGCUCAAUGAGACCGUCCUCGCCACCACGCCCACUGCAGGCUCGCUGCUGCCCUCUGCUACUGGUCCCGCUGCGCAUCUCGUUCGCACACAAUCGCUCGCUGCCUCGACGACUUCGCUCGAGUGCAAUGCGCAGCAAUCGGUGUGGGACGAUGAUGGCGAUGCUGACGAGGACGAAGACGGCGGAACAAGCGAGUCGGUUCCCGGCCUCGGUGUCUCGGUCAAAGGCCUCAGCGGAAGCCACAGCAUUGUGCGGGGGAUCGUGAGCGAUUGGUCUGUCCUGCCGCUAGAUGAUGCCGCCGGUGCUCAAGUAUCUGCGCUGUAUGCCGAGGCCGAGGUCAUGGCCGGCCUUGCGCCUGCCGAGCUGGCUGCACGGCUGAGCGAGGAGCGGGCUCGCGAAAAGGCCCAGAUGGAGGAGCGCGACGCUCUCAUCGCCCGGCGGUUGUACGCGCUGGAGCUGGGAGAGCAGGGUGUGAGUGGUGAGGCAAACGACGCGUCGUCAGUCGUCGAGCUCCACUCGAUGCUGGUCAACAAUCCAGACAUGGUCGAGCGAUUCAAGGCUGCGCUCGUCCCGCUCAUCCGUGAGCGCAUCGAGGGCGUCGUCCUCUCACCGUUGCACGGCUCUACCCAAUCGGGUGCCAUCGAGUACACCAUUGAGGCCUCGCGUGUUGCAUCCUUGGAGCUCGACACCGAAAAGGUCACCGUCAUUGUCGCAGACGUCAUCGUGGUCAUGGUCGAGGAAAUGGCCCUCGUUCUCGAGCCUGCCCCCUGGUCGUACACCAAGCACUCGCGCCCCACCUUUUCGUCGUCAGGCACCGUCCAGCCCAAGCUGUACAAAACCCAGCUCAAUGCCACCAUGCGCUUUGGCAUUGAUCGCCAUGGCGCUCCCGCCCUCUUCACCACCCUCCCCACCUCGGUCAAGGUCAACAAGCUCAAGCUCAAGAUCCAGGGCACAUGGGCCAAACUCCUCUACUCGGCUCUCAUUGCGCUUUUUAAGAAGCGGCUCUGCUCAGAGAUCGAGUCCUCUAUGGGCCUCGCCCUCGACGAUGCCAUCAACAACGAGUCGGCCUCCAUGCUCGCCGCCGGCCUGGUUUAGCUGCUGCGCCGAUGCCGCGCCGAUUGGCCGGCGCGUGGAAGGACACGGCUACAUGUGCUGGUGACGUGUGCAACAGUUAACUGCCCCGUGGAGUCGCCGGCGCCGAUGCCGACAGCACCGCCGCCGCCGUCGCCGAGUUGAUCUCGCGCCGCAGAGCCUGGACCAGCGCCUCGAGCUCGCGCUCAAUCCGGGUCGACGCCUCGAGCCGAUCCAACUUUUCCCACGC